GUGGAGUCUGCCGAGGCUCUCCGCGGUGGCUGAGACUACUGAGCGGAAAAUGGCUCGGACAAGGGUGGCUUCGGCAGCUCGGGUUGUGACAGACGCGGAUACUCACGCAGCUUGAGGUCUUGCUAUUGGGAACUAUAAGAAAAAAUAGAUUACAGGAAGGUUGGUCUUCUAAGUGGACAUGGCUCAGAUAUCCAGCAACAAUGGAUUUAAGCAAUGUUCAUCCUCACAUGUGGAACCAGUGAGAACAAAAGAUGUGGACAAAGAAGAAGCGUUACUGAUGGAAGCAGAGGCUUUAGCAAAGCUGCAAAAAGAUAAACGAGUAACUGAUGAUCAGCGAAGCUUUGAGUUGUCAAGCAGCACCAGACAAAAAGCACAAGUUUAUAACAAACAGGACUAUGAUCUCAUGGUGUUUCCUGAAUCAGAUACCCAAAAAAGAGCAGUAGAUAUUGAUGUCGAAAAGCUCACCCAGGCUGAACUGGAGAAACUGUUGCUAGACGACAGUUUCGAGCCAAUGAAAACACCUGCGCUGCCAGUUACUCCUGUUCUGAGCCCUUCGUUUUCGGCACAGCUGUGUCUUAGACCUACUGUUCAGCGAGGACAGUGGCCAACUGGUUUGUCUGGGCCUUCCACUUACACUUUGCCUUCUAUUUAUCAGUCAACUUAUAGUAGUAAACAGACUACAUUCCAAAAUGGCUUUAAUCCAAGAAUGACUACCUUUCCAUCCACAGACCCUAUAUAUUUAAGUGUUCCAGGACAGUCUCCAUAUUUUCCAUAUCCUUUGACACCUGCCACGCCGUUUCAUCCACAUGGAAGCUUACCUGUCUAUCCUCCAGUAGUCAGUCCUGACAUGGCAAAGCUGUUUGAUAAAAUAGCUAGUACGUCAGCAUUUCUAAAAAAUGGAAAAGCAAGGACUGAUUUGGAGAUAACAAAUUCAAAAGCUACAAUCAGCAAUCUACAGGUAUCUCCAAAGUCUGAAGAUAUCAGUAAAUUCGACUGGCUAGACUUGGAUCCUCUGAGUAAGCCUAGGGUGGACAAUGUAGAGGUUUUAGAGUGUGAAGAAGAGAAAACUGUUCCAGGUUUGCUAGUAGAGGAUCCUUGGGAUGCGGUUCUUCUUGAAGAGAGAGCGCCAGCAAGUUGUCACCUUGAAAGAAAGGUGAAUGGAAAAUCUCCUUCUGGGGCAAUGGUAACAAGAAGCCAGUCUUUAAAUAUUCGAACAACUCAGCUUACAAAAGUCCAGGGCCAAAUAUCUCAGAAAGACCCAAAUGGGACCAGUAGUUUGCCACCCGGAAGUUCUCUUCUACAAGAAAUUGAAGUACAAAACGAAGAAGUGGCAGCUUUUUGUCAAUCCAUUACAAAAUUGAAGACCAACUUUCCAUAUACCAAUCACCACACAAAUCCAGGCUAUUUGUUAAGUCCAGUCACAGUGCAAAGAAACAUAUGUGGAGAAAAUGCUAGCGUGAAGGUCUCCAUUGAAAUAGAAGGAUUUCAACUCCCAGUUACUUUUACAUGUGAUGUGAGUUCUACUGUAGAAAUCAUUAUAAUGCAAGCCCUUUGCUGGGUACAUGAUGACUUGAAUGAAGUAGAUGUUGGCAGCUAUGUUUUGAAAGUUUGUGGUCAAGAGGAAGUGCUACAGAAUAAUCAUUGCCUUGGAAGUCAUGAACAUAUUCAGAACUGCCGAAAAUGGGACACAGAGAUUAAACUACAACUUUUGCCAUUAAGUGCAAUGUGUCAAAAUCUAGCCCGAACAGCGGAAGAUGAUGAAACACCAGUGGAUUUAAACAAACACCUGCAUCAAAUAGAAAAACCUUAUAAAGAAGUCAUGACAAGACACCCUAUUGGAGAACUCUUAGAUUCUUAUCACCACCAAGUGGAGCUGGCUCUUCAAGUUGAAAACCAGCACCGAGCAGUAGAUCAAGUUAUUAAAGCUGUAAGGAAAAUCUGUAGUGCUUUAGAUGGUGUGGAGACUCCUGCCAUUACAGAAUCAGUCAAGAAGCUAAAGAGAGCAGUUAAUCUUCCAAGGAGUAAAAGUGCUGAUGUGACUUCACUGUCCGGAGAGGGGGACGCUCCCAGGAGUGUGACUAGGGGCUCAGUGAAUCCUGAAAAUCUUGUUCAAGUAAGCAUGGACCAGUUAACUGCAGCGAUUUAUGAUCUUCUCAGACUCCAUGGAAAUUCUGGUAGGAGUCCUGCAGACUGUGUCCAAAGGAACAGGAGCAUCAAGGAAGCAUGGACCACAGCAGAACAGCUCCAGUUUACUGUUUUUGCUGCGCAUGGAAUUUCAAGCAAUUGGGUAUCAAAUUAUGAAAAAUACUACUUGAUAUGUUCCCUGUCUCACAAUGGAAAGGAUCUUUUUAAGCCUAUUCAAUCAAAGAAGGUUGGCACCUAUAAGAAUUUCUUCUAUCUUAUUAAAUGGGAUGAGCUAAUUAUUUUCCCCAUCCAGAUAUCACAAUUGCCAUUAGAAUCUCUUCUUCACCUUACUCUUUUUGGGAUUUUAAAUCAGAGCAGUGGAAGUUCCCCUGAUUCUAAUAAGCAGAGAAAGAGGCCAGAAGCUUUGGGCAAAGUUUCUUUACCUCUUUUUGAUUUUAAACGGUUUUUAACAUGUGGAACUAAGCUUCUAUAUCUUUGGACUUCGUCACAUAUAACCUCUAUUCCUGGAACAAACCCCAAAAAAGGAUAUGUGAUGGAAAGAAUAGUGUUACAGGUUGAUUUUCCUUCUCCCACAUUCGAUAUUGUUUACACCACUCCUCAAGUUGACAGAAGUGUUGCACAACAAUACAACUUGGAAACAUUGGAAAACGAUAUAAAAGGGAAACUUCUCCGUAUUCUCCACAAAGACUCAUCACUUGGACUUUCUAAAGAAGACAAAGCCUUUUUGUGGGAAAAACGUUAUUACUGCCUCAAACACACAAAUUGUCUUCCUAAAAUACUAGCAAGUGCCCCAAACUGGAAAUGGGUUAAUCUUGCCAAAAUCUACUCAUUGCUUCACCAGUGGCCUCCAUUAGACGCACUGACUGCAUUGGAGCUUCUUGAUUCAAAAUUUGCUGAUCAGGAAGUGAGGUCCCAAGCUGUGACCUGGAUCGAAGCUCUUAGUGAUGAUGAGCUGACAGAUCUUCUUCCACAGUUUGUACAGGCUUUGAAAUAUGAAAUUUAUUUGAACAGUUCAUUGGUACGCUUCCUUCUGUCCAGGGCAUUGGGAAAUAUACAGAUAGCGCACAAUUUAUAUUGGCUCCUCAAGGAUGCCCUGCAUGACGCACAGUUCGGCGCGCGAUAUGAACACGUUUUGGGGGCUCUCCUGUCAGUGGGAGGAAAAGGGCUCAGAGAAGAACUCUUGAAGCAAUCAAAACUUGUACAGCUUUUGGGAGGAGUAGCAGAAAAAGUAAAGCAGGCUAGUGGAUCAGCCAGGCAGGUUGUUCUGCAGAGGGGUAUGGAACGGGUUCAGUCCUUCUUUCUGAGAAAUGAAUGUCGUCUCCCUCUUAGUCCAAGUCUUGUGGCAAAAGAAUUAAACAUUAAGUCAUGUUCCUUCUUCAGUUCUAAUGCUGUGCCCCUGAAGGUCACAAUGGUCAAUGCCGAUCCAAUGGGGGAAGAAAUUAACGUCAUGUUUAAGGUUGGUGAAGAUCUUCGGCAAGAUAUGUUAGCUUUACAGAUGAUAAAGAUAAUGGACAAAAUAUGGCUUAAAGAAGGACUAGAUCUGAGGAUGGUGAUUUUCAAAUGUCUCUCAACUGGCAGAGAUAGAGGGAUGGUGGAGCUAGUUCCCGCUUCAGAUACGCUGAGGAAAAUCCAAGUGGAAUAUGGCGUGACCGGGUCCUUUAAAGAUAAACCACUUGCAGACUGGCUGAGGAAGUACAACCCUUCUGAGGAGGAAUAUGAGAAGGCUUCUGAGAAUUUUAUCUACUCUUGUGCUGGAUGUUGUGUGGCUACCUAUGUUUUAGGCAUCUGUGAUCGACACAAUGAUAACAUAAUGCUUCGAAGCACAGGACACAUGUUUCACAUCGACUUUGGGAAGUUCUUGGGCCAUGCACAGAUGUUUGGUAGCUUCAAAAGGGAUCGGGCUCCUUUUGUGCUGACCUCUGACAUGGCGUAUGUCAUCAACGGGGGUGAAAAGCCCACCAUUCGUUUCCAGUUAUUUGUGGACCUGUGCUGCCAGGCCUACAACCUGAUAAGGAAGCAGACCAACCUCUUUCUUAACCUCCUUUCACUGAUGAUUCCCUCAGGGCUGCCAGAACUUACAAGCAUUCAAGAUUUGAAAUAUGUUAGAGAUGCCCUUCAACCCCAAACUACGGAUGCAGAAGCUACAAUUUUCUUUACUAGGCUGAUUGAAUCAAGUUUGGGAAGCAUUGCCACAAAGUUUAACUUCUUCAUUCACAACCUUGCUCAGCUGCGUUUUUCUGGUCUUCCUUCCAAUGAUGAGCCCAUCCUUUCAUUUUCACCAAGAACAUACUCCUUUAAGCAAGACGGCCGAAUCAAGGAAGUCUCUGUUUUCACUUAUCAUAAGAAAUACAACCCGGAUAAACAUUAUAUUUACGUAGUCCGAAUUUUGAGGGAAGGACAGCUUGAGCCAUCAUUUGUGUUCCGGACAUUUGACGAGUUUCAGGAACUUCACAACAAGCUCAGUAUUAUUUUUCCACUUUGGAAGUUACCAGGCUUUCCUAAUAGGAUGGUUCUAGGAAGAACACACAUAAAAGAUGUAGCAGCCAAAAGAAAAAUUGAGUUAAAUAGCUAUUUACAGAGUUUGAUGAGUGCUUCAGCGGAUGUAGCAGAGUGUGAUCUUGUUUGUACUUUUUUUCACCCUUUACUUCGUGAUGAGAAAGCUGAAGGAAUAGCUAGAUCUGCAGGUCCCUUCAGUCCUACUCCAGGCCAAAUAGGAGGAUCGGUGAAACUCUCUGUCUCUUACCGAAAUGGCACUCUGUUCAUCAUGGUGAUGCACAUCAAAGACCUUGUCACUGAAGAUGGGGCUGACCCAAAUCCAUACGUCAAAACAUACCUACUUCCAGAUCCCCACAAAACAUCCAAACGUAAAACCAAAGUUUCGAGAAAAACUAGGAACCCGACAUUCAAUGAAAUGCUUGUGUACAGCGGAUAUAGCAAAGAAAUCCUAAGACAGAGAGAACUUCAACUAAGUGUACUCAGUGCAGAGUCUCUACGGGAGAAUUUUUUCUUGGGUGGAAUAACCCUGCCUUUGAAAGAUUUCAACCUGAGCAAAGAGACGGUUAAGUGGUAUCAACUGACGGCAGCAACCUAUUUUUAAGCUAGUGAAUUUCUGAGCUUUGGAAGCACCAUCUGUGCGUGUGCACACACGCACGCACACACACAGGAGAACUGUUUAUACUGCUUUUAUACUUGGACAGAAUUUAUAAAGUAAAACGUAUGUGUUGGGUUCAACAUCUGUGUUGGACCAGCUGUCACAUAAUUAACUUCUAUGAAUUUGUUGAAGCCAUUGCUGUUUUAAAGUCAUUAUGUAGAAUGCUAUAAACCCUAAACUUAAUAUAUAAUAAGUCUGAAAGAGACUUAUCUGGUGAACAGUUUAACCCUCUCUUGGGUAAUUCAGAGAACUAGCUUUAGUUUGGUCUGUUUUUCGCUCUUUCUUACACAGACAGUGCGUGUUUGUUUGCUGGUUUGCACCUUCUGCAGCCUCCACCAGAGUCGUGUUUGCAGACACCAAAGCACAGGGCAGGUGCGGGGUGUCGCCGUCGAUGCAGCUGCUAUGCACAGGGCCGAGAAGCAAAGCACAGAUUAUAGAUCGUUAUGUUGAGAACUACUAAGUCAUUUGUAGAAGUAGGGAGAAAUAAUACUUUUUAUUUUUCAUGUCUUUAAAGCCUUUUUCAGAAUUGAGUGCCAGUUACUGAAGUUGUAAAUAAUGGUGCCUUAACUUCACAUGCUUUCCUGGCACUUCAUUCUGAUUAUUUUUCCUGACUUGAUCAAUAGUAAAUAGUUUUCACUCACUUUCAACUUACUCAAGACAUUAUGUACACUGACUAGUGUUUUUCCCACAAAAAGAUCAUUUUCUUUACUUCUGACAUGUGACUUAUUUAAAGUCAGCCAUCUGAUUUAUGUUUUUGUUGCCUGGUAACUGAGAUUCAUCAAUGUAGCAAUACACUAAAUUUUAUCAUUCCAUUAUAAUCCUACCUUUAUUCCCAGGAGCGUGAGUUGAAGUUUGGUAGUUUCACUUCCAUGUGUCUGUACUCCAGUCCCUCAUUAAACAAGUGAAAUUGUUUACCCGUGAACCCAUUCCUGGUUGGCAGAACUGUAGUGCGUAGGGCCGACUCUUCACAGCAGGCCCAGGACAAGAUUCUGGGGUCCAGACGAAAUUUUUAUAUAGGCUUUAUGGCAAAGUUGGUCUUGUAAUCUGUUUUACACUUGUAGGCAUACAUCCAAAAAAAUAACUUUUUUAAGAAAAGUUACUUUCCUUAAAAUAAUGUGACUCUGAAUCAUAAGGGACAUAUUGAAAUUAUUUACAGUAACCAUUAAGAGUAAGAUUCAUUUUUAUUGUUCAAGUUCACAUAGUUUUAUGUUUAGUUUGGACAAAUAUGUAUAUAUAUAUAUUCUCAUGGCUAAAAUAGAAAUUCACUCUUUCAAUGAUAACAGAGAUUGUAACACUCUAGGUGCUGUGAGAUAACUGACAAAAUACGCGAUGCAAAUACCAAGAGGGACAGGGCCGUUUGCCGUUCAGGCGUCCAGGACAGAGUUUUUUACACGGGCUGUGUGGGUGCUUCACGCACAGGGUGAUACGUGCAGAGCAGAAAUAGAUAGUUGAGGAUGUGUUGGUGAAACAGGCUAAUAAGAAAUGAGAAAAACUUGAAAUUUUUGGUGCCUAACACUAAUGGUCCAUUUGUAAGAAACCCCGUAUGAUGUAUGAAUGUCUUUUUUUUUUAAAUGUUAAAAUGUGUUGUCUAUUUAAUACAUUAAUUAAAAUGCACGUCAAUCACCACCACUUAUUUUCUUUUUUCACAUACCGUUAACAUUUUCUUCAAGUGUGUAAGUAGCUUUGCAAAUGUAAAAGUACUAAGUAUUUUCACUUGAGUUUUUGAAACCUAAUUCCAUUCCACAAGUUGUCACUUAGCCACUGUCACAGUGCAGUUAGUACUGUAGACUGCCUAUUGGCCGUCUUACUGUAGUGUCUGUCUACACAAAUAAUAGAGAUAGAAAAUGUGGUGUCACCGUUCAGUUACAAGAAAUCUGGGUUCUCAUCUAAAAGUGUAUAUUAUGAUUAAUAUUUUAUAGUUAACCAGAGUUCAGAAGAAAUGGUAAUGUUUUCUCUUAAUUUAAAUAAUUUUGUGCCUUUUUUGGUCAUUAAAACAUCACACAAGUUUACUUUACAUAUAUUUUAAUAUAAGUUAUUUCUUUGUGAGAUGCUAAUCUUCAGCCCUUACCAAAAGCAGCAGGGGUGGGGACAGAGACGCCUCUUUUUGCACUACUAUCAAUAAAUUUUAAAUUAGUUGGUUCUCAGUCAUUUUUUUAAAGCCUGCAUUCAAGUAAAUCUAACUAAAGUUUAAACAAACUGGCCAAGACACUAACUUUUAUGUAUAAUCAUGUUUUAUAUCUAUCUUUAUUGAGUAAAAAUAGUUAAGCUAUAUGUAAGUCCUGCACCAGAAUUUUUUUCCUCUUGGAGUAUUUUGGGAUUUGAAAAUAAUGGUUUGCUCCAAAAAAACCUAUUGUUUUCUCUACUGAGAAACCCAAUGUAGAAUUUGCACUGACAUUUUUAUUACUGCCUUUUUAAGAAUCAAUAGGUAUCUAAAUGUUAAGGCAUGUAUGAUCUUUGAUAAAAGUAUUCUUAUAUCUCUUCAAAUUAAAGUUGUAUAAAAGCUUCAAUAUCUUGCCUUAAAUUGGUUAACCAUUCUUUUCUAGGAUUCAAAUGUUGUGGCAUUUAAAAAAGAAAACGUUCAAUUUUGAUACUUAGACUUCAGUAAGGAGUGAAGCCACACCGUGUAACUCAUAGAUGGACUUACAUGCUGUUUACUAGCAGUGCAAACAUGAACAUGGCAUUUAGUCUGAUGCGUAAGAACCAAAUACUUUAAUUAUAGUAAGGUAGUGAGUAAAGAUGUAUAAUAUUUUUAUUAAUUUUUUGAAUAUAUUCAGUGGAUUGGAUGUGACUUCUUAACUGUACUAUGAUUGUAUUAAAAUAUUUCUGGAAUAAAGGAACUCUGCUAUCAUUUUUUUCCUUA